AUGCGGCCAACAAUGUUGGUUGACCCGACUCUCGACGCUGAAAUUAGCCGAGAGGAAGUCUUUGGCCCUGUAGUCGUCAUCGUUGGGUUCACUGACGAACAGGAAGUCGUUGCCCAAGCCAACAAGACAAAGUUUGGAUUUUCUGGUGCUGUUUUCAUCCAGGAUAUCAACUGCGCAGUUCGUAUAGCCAGCGCGAUCUCCAGUGGAAAGGUUGGUAUCAACUGCUGCAGUGUACUUGAUACAAGCGUGCCGUUUGGAGGAUACAGACAAAGUGGACUGGGGCGAGAACUGGGCCAGGAUGCUCUCGCAGAGUACACCCAGACCAAAACUAUAAUGAUCAAGUGGGUCCAUCGUUUCAUAAGCUUGAUGUGGCCGGACAGUUCUGACACAGUAUUUCCCAGUAUGACAUAUUGA